UGUAGCAUGAUGCUAACGGCGCAAACACCAGAAGAAGAGCAGCACAGUUACGUAUCGUGUUUACAAUGAGUCCAUGAGGAUGACAGGAUGAAGAGCUGCUGACAGUCUGCACUGCGCUUCACUUCACACACACAGGUUGACCAAAGGAGGGAGGAAUGCCGCCUUUAGUUGGAGCUGAGUUAAUCCAGACUCCAGUCCAGCUCUAUCGAUACCUGCUCAGGUGCUGCAGGCAGUUACCAACCACGGCCAUGCAGCAGCAUUAUCGACACACCAUAAGACAGGGUUACAACAGUCACUCAGACGAGGACGACCCUGAGAGGGUACAGAUGAUCAUCCAAAGAGCGAUUGCAGAUGCAGACUGGAUCCUUGAUAAAUACACGAAGAAGAAGUGACGUUCAUGAACCGCAAACCUGUCCUCAGGUGUAUUUUACAGUUCUGCGCCUGAACUGUUAUAUAAGUGUAAAUACUGUUCUGACUGAUAUAAGUUAUGUUGUUUUCUUUUCCAAUAAAUUCAUUAUCUUAUA